UUACUUGGUGACGGCUGGAGUUGAGGUGUUACUAGAGCUGUUUAACACUUCUGAAAGAGCUGCUUAACACCUAAAAGAGCUGCUUAACGCUGCAGAAGCUCGUGGCAGUUAUGCCGGAGUUAUCAUCUAAAGGUGCUGCUAUUUCCAAGAAAGGCUUUAAGAAAGCUGUCGUUAAGACGCAGAAGAAGGAAAGCAAGAAACGCAAGAGAACCCGCAAAGAGAGCUAUUCUAUUUACAUCUACAAGGUGCUGAAGCAGGUCCAUCCGGAUACUGGAAUCUCUUCCAAAGCCAUGAGUAUCAUGAAUUCCUUCGUCACUGAUAUCUUUGAGCGUAUAGCGAGUGAGGCAUCACGCUUGGCUCACUACAACAAACGCUCCACCAUCUCUUCUAGAGAGAUUCAGACGGCAGUGCGCUUACUGCUGCCGGGAGAGCUGGCUAAACAUGCUGUGUCUGAGGGCACCAAAGCUGUCACUAAGUACACCAGCUCCAAGUAAACCUGCCAAGUAAACAACCCAAAGGCUCUUUUCAGAGCCACUUACACAUACUGAAAGAG